ACUAAAAGAAAACGAAGCCACUCGAUAGAAACCGAUGUUUCUGAUGUAAACAAUUUUUUCAAAUUGUUAUGGGCAAAUACAUUUUCAGUAAUCAGUUCAGUGAUGUCUAGUAUUUUACUUGUCCUAAACAAUGGGUUCAAAUCCUAGUAAACAGAAAGUUAAGCGAAGUCAAUCGGCAGCUGAAGUGAGACCGCUCGCCAAUGGACAUGUGCCCCCGCGCCGCACAGUCAGCACCCUCAGCCGCGUCACGGAGUCCAUGGGAAUCGAAAAGAAGAGUGCAGAGCAACCUGAUGUGGAAUUCCCACAGGAGGAAUACAAAGAUGGGAAACUUGGCAUUACGAAUAAGGACACUCUACUGAAUUACCUGGAUUCCCUGGAGGAUGGUGAAUUAUUUUGUGACCCGGACUUCAAUGCUGACAGAUUCGCACUCUUCUACAGUGACAGGGAUGCAUCCAGUUUCCAAUGGAAACGGCCUACGGACUUGGUGGAGGAGUGGCAGACCCCCCAGUUGAUGGUGGAUGGUGUUACCAGGGACGAUAUCAAGCAAGGCAUUCUGGGAGAUUGCUGGUUCCUGUCAGCAUGUGCAGCAGUGUCUCAGAAAAAAGAGUACAUGAAAAAGAUUGUGCCUUCUGACCAGCCUUUGUGUGGGCCCGGUUAUAAGGGAAUGGUGAAUUUCCGUUUUUGGAGAUUCGGAGAGUGGGUGGAUGUGUACAUUGAUGAUCGCCUACCCACCGUGAACGGGAAGUUGGUGUACGGCAGAUGUACAGAACCCCAGGAAUUCUGGGUAGCUCUCAUUGAGAAAGCAUAUGCAAAGUUACAUGGAUCGUAUGAGGCCAUCGAGGGGGGACAAGCAAUGGAUGCUUUAGUGGACUUGACUGGUGGCAUUCCUCAAUUAUACGAAAUACAAGACAAAGAUCCAUUUCUCUUCAGAAUGAUAGGGAAAGCUCAACAAAAGGGGGCAUUUAUCACUUGUUCUAGAAAGGGGAAUUGGAAAUUAAGCACAAAAGCAGACCCUAACGGUUUGGUGUCUGGUCAUGCUUAUACUGUAACUGAGGUCAGGAAGAUUCAGCAUGUGAGAGGAGAAGAUAAAUUGGUCAGAGUUAGAAAUCCAUGGGGAGAUAACAAUGAAUGGAAGGGCUCCUGGAGUGACAGUGAUGUGAACUGGACAUGGGUGGAUGAUCAAACUAAGCAGGAGAUUGGCCUCCAGGCGAAGGACGAUGGCGAGUUCUGGAUGUCCUACAGGGAUUUCUGUAAACAGUUCCAAGAGUUGACUAUUUGUCAGUGCAUUCCCGAGGGUGACAGAACAGAGGAGAGUGUUGGAUGUUUUGUCUGUGUGAAGGGAAGCUGGGAGUGUGAUAGAAGUGCAGGUGGAAGCAGAAAUGACCUUCAUAAGUUUGCCACAAACCCUCAGUACUCACUAAUACUUCCAGAAGCAGAUGACUUUGACCCCAAGAGAGAUGACCCUGACCUUGAAGGUUUAUGUUCCAUUGUUAUUUCCUUGAUGCAGGAACAUCGCCAGUCCACACGGAAUGUCAAAGUAAAGAAACUACAGAUAGCAUUCUUCUUGUACAAAACAGAGGAGUCUGGGAAGAGAUUAUCUGCUCAGCAUUUUCGCUAUCAACCUGAUAAGGCUAAAUCUGGAGUUUACAUCAAUUACCGUGAAGUCAGCCAGCAGUUUGAGCUGGAGCCGGGCCACUAUAUCCUCAUUCCUUCCACAUUUCAGCACAACGAACCAGCAGACUACAUGAUGCGAGUGUUUGGAGAGAAGAAAUUUACACUGGAGGGACCACUUGAUGAAUGAUAUUGGAGGUUGCCAGUCUGAUAGUCUGCACAAUGAAAUACUGUAUAAGUGGUAUUUUUAAAAAGAGAAGAAUGUUACACUGAAAGUGCUGAACACAGUCAGUGACAUUGGGCUUCAAAAUGCAGAAAAUUGACAGUCAGAUCUGGAAGAUUUUUUUAAAAAUCAUUAUAACAGCCCCUUUUGAAAUCCAAUUCACUCGCUAUUGAACUCCAGCUUAUUGUUUCCAACAUUAUUCUUUGAUGUGUGUACUGUGAACACAAUUAUUACUGCUCGUGUUUGCCAUGGCUUGAUGAGUAUAUUCUACAUUCUACUACUUGGACAUGCCACUUACUGUCAAUUCCUGAGUAGUACAAAAGCUUACCUGGCUCAGAUACACACCUGGUUUGGAUACACACCUGGCUCGGAUACACACCUGACUUAAAUACACACCUGUCUUGGAUACUUACCUGGUUUGGAUACCUCCCUGGUUCUGGUCAACACCUGGCUUGGAUACACACCUGGCUUGGAUACACACCUGUCUCAAAUACAUACCUGGCUCGGAUACCCACCUGGUUCUGGUCAACACCUGGCUGGAAUACACACCUGGCUUGGAUACACACCUGGACAGUGGUUCUUGUCAACACCUGGCUUGGAUGUGCACUUUUUGUAAUGUUUUAUGAUAUAGCCAACCAGAAUGAAUUUAGCAGAAUUUUCAGUACUUUUUAAAAAUGAAUUAUUGCCUUUUGUUUAGAUUUUUAUGUGAUGACAAUAUAUAUAUAUAUAUAUAUAUAUAUAUAUAUAUAUAUAUAUAUAUAUAUACACACAUAUAUGAGAUUAUUUAACCUUCUGCAGAAAGAUUUUUCUAAAGAUUGCAGUCAGUGAGUCUUCCUGAUGGGGGUUCACAUGCAAAAUUAUUCUGUUGGUGUGAAGCUUCUCCUUCUACAAUGUAAAAUAUAUACAGGCAUUAGAAUUCUGGUUUCUGUAAUUCGUUUUCUUUUUAAGCUUUUUAUUAAUAAGUGUAUUUUUUGUAAAAAGUAAAUUUGUAUACAUUUUAUACACUGUAAAACAUUAAUUCUUGCUUAUGACAGAACUUAAAUGGGUAUUAUUAGAUAUGCCUGUGUUUAUAUAUUUACUAUAUUCUAUAUUUCAAGCAUUUUUCUUCUUUUUUUCUUCUUGUUUUGUUUUGGGGAGUUUUUGUUGAAAAAAAAUUGUUAUAUCAUUCAAUUUCCAUAUCAUUCCAUUGUUUCAUUUUGUUGAUGAAUUACUAUUAUCAUAUAUUGUUGAAAUAUGAAUUCAUUACUGAAGCAUUCAGCUUCAAAGUUAUAUGCAUUUUGUUAUUUUAAUUUAAUUUUUUUUUUUUGCUACUUUAUAUGAUUGAUUUUUAAUGUUAAUUAACUUUUAUAAUCUCUAGUCAAAUCCCUCAUUACCUGCUGUUCAAUAUACGAAGAUGAAUUAAUUUGUUCAGAGCUCAAAGGAGAAUAGCAAUUAAUGAAUAUGUUCAGAGCUUACAUUGUAGAUUUCAUUUGAGAUAGAACAUCUGUUGUGAUUAUACUCAGGUAUUUUAACUUCUAUUGAGUUCAACUGCUGAGCAUUAGCUGGAUUGGAUAUAAUACACAAAUCUCACAAAAGGAUACAUAUCUCAGUAUACUGGUCAACAUGUGAUUUGUAUCUAUACAAUUAUUGACCUGUUUUAGGUCGAUACGAUGCUUUAUCUGCCUGAGAAAUACAGGAGUAUUCACUGAGCUAAGAGGGUGAGGUGAAUAUUGCCCUUCAUAGUAUUGACUGAGAAAAUGUCAAUAAUUGUUUUACUAUAUGAAUGAAUAAUUUAAAAUAUCAAAAUUGGCUACUUGAGCUUACAAAAUAAUUACUGAUUGGAUAUUUUUGUUUACAGCUAGAGUGCAAGACCUAGUCAAAAAUGAUUAGAGAUGCGAGAUUUUGUAAAUUAUCAUAGGAUGGAGUAAUUCAAAACAUCAAAGUGACUGUUUACUAGAGUUUACCAAUCUAUACCUGGGCAGCCAUCUUUGUUUACAGGUAGAGUAAAAGACUUAGUCAAAAGUUGCGAAAGAUGUGAGUUGAACCCAAAAAUGGCAACCAAGCAUAUCAAUUUGAGUAUUGGUCCAUUAUGUUAAAAAAACCAACUUUAUAUUCACCUUGAAAGCACAUAUGGAUAUAAACAACAUUCUAUUCUUUCCUCUAGUUUGUUGUAUCUUAGCCAAUCAGAAAGCUCAAAAUUAUUCAAUCAUAUAUAUUAGAAUAAAUGACUUGGUAGAAUUAAUGAUCAAACUUUCAAGUUACCCAUGAUUUAUAUUGAUCAACUAAACGAUUUACAGGUUUCCUGUCACUGGCUGCCAUUCUGCACACUUAUUGUAUGAAAAACUAUUUUCAAACCAUUUUUAUUGGUCGUUUUUUAUAAAAAAAAAAAAAAAAAAAAAAAAAAAAUUGUUUAUAUUAUUGCCAGUGUUAGGUCACACAUAUACAUAUAAUUGUUUUGUACCGAUAUUGAUAUCAGUAAUAAUUAUCACAAACUGUAUGAUGAGACAGUGCAUAUAUCGGGGUAGCGUCCCCAAUACACUUGUAUGAAGUGUCAACACUGGUGAAAGCUUAUUUAUAUUCUGUCACAUGAUUUAUUGUUCAAGUAACCUGUUUUUACUUAAGUUACCUCAUGCUGUGGAUGGAUCGAUGAAAGAGGGACUAGAUGGGAGUGCAUAUUAAAUUUUGGAGUAUCAAUUUAAUUAUGUGCUUAACAAUUCACCUAUGAAUCACCACAGGUUCUUAAAAAAUGGAGAGAAAAUUUAUCAAAAUUACAGUGCAUCAAAAUUUUUAAACUCUUUUAUUGUUUGCAUGAUGAUGAUUGAAUUUUUCCUUUUAAUUGUUUGUAUAAUUUUUGGUUAUUUGGUAAUCAUGAACUAUUUAUUGGAUAAAGACAGAGGGGUCGGUCGCGUACUGCCUUUUCUGAUUCAUUAGUAUCACUUUUCCUUGAACAACAGUAACAUUAGAUUUAAUUUAUCACUUAUCUGUACUAUAACAGAGUCGACUAGCUGCCAUUCCACAUGAUUUUAUGGCCCCUGACAUUUGUCCUGGCAGUCACUUAGCAAAAUAUGGAACAUUUCAAUUGCUUCAAGCAAUUUUAAGCUGAAUAUGAUUAGAAAUCCCAUCCAGACUAAUGUAAGUCAUGAGCAUUAAAUUUUUUAUUACUAUUAUGCUAAAAUGAAGCAAUUUUGAAUUUAAAAAAUAUAUUGUGUGCAUGAGUAUAAAGUUAUUGAGGAUUGGUGCUGGUACACUCUAAUCGUAAAACUUGUAUUUCUCAGUUUAUUGAAUUAUGUAUGUGCCUUAAGUGGUGGUUAUAUAUGAUGUUAAUUUUUAUUACGAAUUAUCUCUUAAUAAAAUGUUUCAACUGAA